AUGUCCACUCCUAAUUCUACCCUACGCCAAAGGGCUGGCAAAGAGAAGAAUAAAGGCUUGUCCAAUGGAGACACGGCAUCAGACGAGGCUCUGAACAAAGCUUUCAUCCAAGCCCAACAGAGCAAACCCAAUGAAUGGGACUACAAGCUCGCCUUGGGCAUCAUCGCCACGCUUGCGUUCAUCACUCGAUUCUUUGGCAUCAGUCAUCCCAAUGAGGUCGUCUUUGACGAGGUUCAUUUUGGAAAGUUCGCCUCGUACUAUCUCCAACGCACCUACUUUUUCGACGUCCAUCCUCCCUUCGGAAAGCUGCUCUUUGCCUUCAUCGGCUGGGUGGUAGGAUACGAUGGCCAUUUCCUCUUCGACAAUAUUGGGGAGUCCUACAUUGCCAAUAACGUUCCUUAUGUCGCAUUUCGAUCGGUUCCCGCGUUUCUCGGUGCCCUUACCGUUGUCGUCGUCUUUUUGAUCAUGUGGGAAUCCGGCUACUCUCUACCGGCCUGCGUCCUGGCUGCUUCCCUCGUUCUGUUUGACAACUCCCAUGUUGGUCAAACACGUCUCAUUCUACUCGACGCCACCCUUGUCUUCUUUAUGUCCCUCAGUAUCCUUGCCUACGUCAAGUUCUACAAGCAAAGACAUGACCCAUUUGGACGCAAAUGGUGGAAGUGGCUGCUAUUGACCGGCUUCUGCAUGAGCUGCGUCAUCUCCACCAAGUAUGUCGGAGCUUUCUCAUUCUUUACCAUUGGCUGUGCCGUUUUGAUCGAUCUCUGGGAUCUUCUUGACGUCAAGCGCAAAGGUGGUGCUUUGGAUCUCUUCACCUUUGGGAAACACUUCGCCGCACGUGCUGUGGGCCUCAUCAUAAUUCCCUUCUUCUUCUAUCUCUUUUGGUUCCAGGUUCAUUUCGCAGUCUUGACUCGAUCCGGUCCGGGCGACGACUUCAUGACUCCCGAAUUCCAAGAGACUCUCAGCGAUAACCUCAUGCAUCAAGCUUCCAUCGACAUCCAAUACUACGAUACCAUUGUUUUACGCCACAAGGACACCAAAACGUAUCUCCACAGUCAUCCAGACAAGUAUCCCCUCAGAUAUGAUGAUGGUCGCAUUUCCAGCCAGGGUCAGCAGGUGACCGGCUACCCAUUCAACGACACAAACAACCAUUGGCAAAUCCUGCCAAAUACCCAACACCCUGAUGGCUCUCAUGUUGGCGCUCCUGUUUUAAAUGGCGAUGUUGUCAAAUUGAGACAUGUAGUCACUGAUACCUUUCUUUUGACUCACGAUGUUGCAUCGCCUUAUUAUCCCACAAAUCAGGAAUUCACCACCGUUGCAUUAGAUGCUGCUUCCGGAGAUCGACAUAACGAUACGCUGUUCGAGAUUAAGCUGGAGCAAGGAAAGAAGACCACUCCUUUCAAGUCCAAAUCCGGUCAAUUUAAAUUGAUUCACUAUCCAUCAAAGGUCGCGAUGUGGACUCACACGAGCCCUCUUCCCGAAUGGGCUUUCAAACAAGCUGAAAUCAACGGAAACAAGAAUGCACAACAGUCCAGCAAUAUCUGGUAUGUUGAUGACAUCCCCAGUAUCCCAGAAGAUUCCCCACGUCUCCUCAAAGAUCAGAAAAAGGUCAAGCAUCUCCCAUUUUACAUCAAAUAUAUCGAACUUCAACGUGCAAUGUUUUACCACAAUAACGCCUUGACCGCCAGCCACCCUUAUGCCACCCAACCUUACUCGUGGCCUUUCUUGCUUCGUGGUGUCAGCUUCUGGACUCAGGACAGCACCAAGCAGCAAAUUUAUUUCCUCGGUAACCCCAUUGGUUAUUGGAUUGCAUCGGCCCUCCUUGCCGUAUUUGCAGGCAUCUUGGGCGCAGAUCAAUUGAGUUUGAGACGUGGUGUUGAUGCACUCGACCGACGUACCCGCUCUCGUCUGUAUAACAGUACUGGCUUCUUCUUCCUCUGUUGGGCAGCACAUUACUUCCCCUUCUACUUGAUGGGACGUCAAUUAUUCUUACAUCAUUACCUACCAGCUCAUCUGGCUUCGUGCCUUGUAACAGGUGCCCUGGUCGAGUUCAUUUUCAAUGUUGAUCCAGUCCUUGACGAUGACAUGUCUGCUACUAUCAACUCCAAGAAGGACAAGGUUGUCAGUAAGGUGCCCGAAAAGGCGAGACGCAGCUUCCAGACUGCGCAGGAGCGACUCAAGGGCCAAAGUCUGUUGACCACUUGGAUUGCCACUGGUGUUGUUAUCACCGCUGUAUUAUAUGGCUUCUAUUUCUUCUUCCCCCUCACCUAUGGUUGGCCAGGCUUGACGCCUGACCAGGUAAACGCCAGGAAAUGGCUCUUCUAUGAUCUUCACUUCGCCAAAUGA